AUGGUGGAGGCCCCCCAGCAAGAAGCAGCAGCAGCAGCAGAAGCUGCUGCUGCUGCUGUUGCUGUUGACGUAGCAGCAGAAGAUCAGGCUGACGGUGAGAGUCCUAGCAAGAGGGGCAUCAGCAUUAACAACAACAACAACAGCAGCAGCAGCAGCAGCAGCAGCAAGAAGCUGCAUGCAAGAAGCAAAAGGGGUACUAUUGGCUUCUUACUUGGCAUAUUAACACACCUUCUUAUAGGGUUUGCUGCGGGGGCCCUUGUUGGUGCAACAAUAAAGAGGGCCCGUCUUAGGGGAGGGGGCCCCCUAGCAUUCUUAAGGGCCCCCCGAGUAGAGGAGGAGGCCCCCCCCUAUAUAGAGGAAGAGGAGGAGGAGGAGGAGGAAGAGGAGAUGCCCUCACCACCCUACGAGCAGCCUUAUAUGGGGGCCCUUCCUUCGUACCCUCCAUUCCCUGAUCCAGGGGCCCCCUUCUAUCAGGGGGCCCCUCAGGGUUUUAUACCUCCACCUCCUCUUCUUCCUGCUGCAGCACCAGCAGCAGCAGGAGCAGCAGGAGCAGCAGUACCACCACCACCACCAUUAGUAGGUGCAGCACCAGGAGCACCACCCCCACCCCCACCCCUACCAGGAGCAGCAGCAGCAGCAGCAGGAGCAGCAGGAGCAGCAGGAGCAGCAGAAGCACCUGGUACUGGUGCUACAUUAGUGCCCUUAAUACCAGGUAGUGUACCUCCCCCACCUCCUGGGGCCCCCUUAAUACCAGGGGCCCCCUCAAUACCAGGGUUCUCCAUACCAGGGGCCCCCCUUAUACCAGGGUUAAGCAUACCGGGGGCCCCCUUCCAAGGGGCCCCCAUACCUGAUACCUACCUCAUACCAUACCCCGGUUUCCCUCCUCCUCCAACGAGUAUCCCUCCUCCUCCUCCUCUCUCUGCAGGAGAAUUAGCAGCAGGAGGAGCUACUACUGCUGCUGCUGCUGCUGGUGGUGGUCCCCCUCCUCCUCCUCCUCCUCCUCCUCCCUCUGGUCCCCCUCCUCCCCCUCCUCCUCCCCCUGGUCCCCCUCCUACGUUAUCUAAUAAUUCAUUAGAGAGCCAAUUAUCUAAAUUAAAACUUAAGAAAACAGCAGCAGGAGGAGCAGCAGCAGCAGGAGGAGCAGCAGGAGCAGCAGGAGGAGCAGCAGGAGGAGGAGGAGGAAAAGGAAAAGGAGUAAUAGGAGGAGGAGGUAUGUCAUCAAUACAAGAAGAAUUAGCAUUAAGAUUAAAAACAAGAAAAGUAAAUAAUGAUAAUAUUGAGGAAAAAAUACAAAAAAAUAAGGAAGAAAUAAAAAAAAAAAAAGAAGAAAAUAAAUUUGCUCAUGUAGCUAGGGCAAUACAAGCAAGAAAUCAUUUACUAAAACAACAUGAUGAUGAUGAUGAUGAUGAUGAUAGACAAUAUAGUGAUGAUGAUUUUAAUUAA